AUGACCGUGCACAGUCGUUUGUUGUUCCCGGGGAGCCUUGGAAAGCCAUUGAUGGAUGAUCGAAGUUCGUGCGAUGCGCACGCAUCUCAACAACGAGGCAUGGAGGUAGCGAUGGAUGAAAGCUGGUCUUCGACACAAUCCGAAGGUUCGAAGAAGCCGGGCCACUCCUCUUUCUUCCUGCAGGUUUGUUUGCUGGUCGCAGUGGUCGUUUUCGGCUGUGCGAACAACAUUGCCAAGCAAAUCGCCGCACAGCCUCUCAAGCGCUACACUUACAUGCUGGGGCUUUCCACCGCAGUCGCAUAUGUUCCACUAUAUUGGUUCAUUUUGGCGCUUUUGCUGCUCGUCGGAGUGGUGCCGAAAUCCCAGUUCCGCUUCGUCUGGCAGCGGGGCGCCGAAGGCCGCGCUGUGGCCUCUACAACGCCCGUGGCUCUCCUUUUCGUGUCUGCCCUGGGGGACUCUCUCGGCGACACCAUCGGGGCCAUUUGCACUCCUCACGUGAGCGGACCACUGCACUCCUUGCUGUCGAAUUGCACGCCCAUCUUCAUUGCCGUGCUCUCCAUGUGCUUUCUCCAAGAGCGUUACUCGCUGAUGCAGUCCCUGGCACUGCUGGGGGUCUUCAUGGCAGUAGUCACAGGCUUGCUGCCUUCCUUGGAGGGUCUCAGUGCCACCACGGAGCCUGUGUUCGCUGUGAUCUUGGGAGGCAGCUGCAUUUUCAACGCAGUCGCUUUCGUGCUCAAGGAGCUCGUCUUCAAGCGAUACAAGAAAUGGCAAGAUGUCGAGAGUGCUGGUGGCCUCAACAUCUUUGUCAUGAAUGCGCACUUGGCGCUCUUUCAGCUUCCUCUCACGAUCCUCCUCAUACCGCUCAAUGUGCUAUUGAAGCAGACCCAUGGCGAAGGCAUCGGUGCCUACACCCGGGAAGCCCUGGACUGCGUGUUCGGUGGAGGGGCAGCGAGCUGCGGUGAAGAUUCGAACCACGCGGAGCUGGCCGGCCGCUGCGUCGGCAUCUACGUGAUUUUCAACGUGCUUUGGAACAUGGCCGUGCUAUUGUCUGUGAAGCAUUCAGGAGCGCUAGCCACUUUCAUCGCGUUGAAGGCAAUUUUCCCGGUCUCAACGGUGCUCUUCGCCUAUGUAGACUGGCCGCUGCUGGGCCCGACGGAGUUGUCCGGUCUGGUCUGGCUCUCCAUCCUUUUGCUGCUGCCCUCCAUCGCAGCUUACCAGUAUGCCACGCAGUUGCAGGUGCAGCGUGCGCUGCUGCACCCGCCGGGCGGCCUCUGUUGUUGGCCCCUUGGCCAACGUUCCCGAGCAGCUCGAGGGCCGUUGCUGGGUGCGCCGGACGAGUGCUAG